UGAAUUACAUUGUAGUCGUACUUGAGUUUUUCGAUUUCUUUCUCUGAGUUAAGUUGUGUCGAUCUAUGAUCUAUGUUGUAUUUUGUGUGUUGGUGGUGUGCCAAACUAACCACUAGUGUCUCUACAAACCAACCUAGAGAUGAUUUUAUCCCAUAACAGCAAGUUAAUUGAGGAUUCGAUUCGAAGAAGCUAAAACAGUUAAAUGUAUUUUGUGGGAAUAGAGGUUGUUGUUCACUUUAUUUUUUUUAUAAUUAAUUUAUUAUGAGGCGAUUUAAGGGAAAAUGACGAUUGAUAUGCAACCAAGUCCAACAAUGUCAAUGUCCCAAAAUCAAAAUGUGGGAACAAGUAGGUCUUCCUUCAGCUCUAGCAAUGGCAAUGACGAUACUCCUUUGCACAAUUCUGCUUCUGCUGCUGUCUCCUAUGGCUAUGGGGAUGACUAUGACAGUGAUAGUUCUAAUUUUGCACCCCCCACACCAACAACCCUUUCAAUGGCUAUUCCAGAAGAACUUGCUGGUGCUAUACCCUUGAUUAAUCGAUUCCAGGUGGAGGGAUUUUUAAGGUUGAUGCAGAAACAGAUUCAGUCUGCUGGAAAACGUGGGUUUUUCUCUAAAAAAUCUGUAGGCCUUCAAGUUCGUGAAAAAUUCACCUUUGAGGAUAUGCUUUGUUUCCAAAAGGAUCCAAUACCAACUUCAUUACUUAAAAUCAAUAGUGACCUAGUAAGCCGAGCAACAAAACUUUUCCAGAUAAUUUUGAAGUACAUGGGAGUUGAUUCAUCUGAUCGAGUUACUCCAACAAAUUUAGAUGAACGGAUUGAGCUUGUUGGAAAAUUAUACAAGCAUACUUUGAAGCGUUCAGAGCUCCGAGACGAACUUUUUGUUCAGAUAUCAAAACAAACAAGGAAUACUCCUGAUAGGCAAUACUUGGUCAAAGCAUGGGAGUUAAUGUAUUUGUGUGCAUCCUCCAUGCCUCCUAGUAAGGACAUUGGUGGAUAUCUAUCGGAGUAUGUUCAUAAUGUUGCCCAUGGUGUGAAUGUGGAUUCUGAGGUUCGAGUCCUUGCAUUAAAUACGCUAAAUGCUUUGAAGCGAGCUGUUAAAGCUGGUCCCAGGCAUACAAUACCUGGGCGCGAGGAAAUUGAAGCUCUUUUAACCAGUCGAAAACUUACAACUAUAGUAUUUUUCUUAGAUGAAACUUUCGAAGAAAUCACAUAUGACAUGGCAACCACAGUGGCCGAUGCUGUAGAGGAACUUGCAGGGAUAAUUAAAUUGUCAGCAUACUCUAGCUUUAGUCUGUUUGAAUGCCGUAAAGUUGUUGCUGGCUCUAAAUCACCUGAUCCUGGAAAUGAGGAGUAUAUUGGGUUAGAUGACAACAAAUAUAUUGGGGAUCUGUUGGCGGAGUUCAAGGCUGCAAAGGAUCGAAGUAAAGGAGAAAUUUUGCACUGCAAAUUGACAUUUAAAAAAAGGCUAUUCCGAGAGUCAGAUGAAGCUGUGACAGAUCCAAUGUUUGUGCAGCUGUCCUAUGUUCAAUUGCAACAUGAUUAUAUAUUGGGCAAUUAUCCUGUUGGAAGGGAUGAUGCUGCGCAGCUGUCUGCAUUGCAGAUCUUGGUUGAGAUUGGAUUUGUUGAUACCCCUGAAUCAUGCACUGACUGGAAUUCACUUUUGGAACGAUUCCUACCCAGACAAAUAGCAAUAACACGAGCAAAGAGAGAAUGGGAAUUGGAUAUUCUUUCUCGUUAUCGUUCUAUGGAACAUUUGACAAAGGAUGAUGCAAGACAACAAUUUUUGCGAAUAUUGAGAACACUUCCUUAUGGGAAUUCAGUUUUCUUUAGUGUUCGUAAGAUUGAUGACCCUAUUGGACUACUGCCGGGACGGAUAAUUUUAGGCAUUAAUAAGAGGGGGGUUCAUUUUUUUCGUCCAGUUCCAAAGGAAUAUCUACAUUCGGCCGAGUUACGAGACAUAAUGCAAUUUGGAAGCAGUAAUACAGCUGUUUUCUUUAAGAUGAGAGUUGCUGGCGUUCUUCACAUCUUUCAAUUCGAAACAAAGCAGGGAGAAGAAAUUUGUGUUGCUCUUCAGACGCAUAUAAAUGACGUCAUGUUGCGCCGUUACUCUAAAGCCCGAUCCACUGCCAGCAGUUCAAUAAAUGGGGAUAUUCCUAACAAUCUCAAACCUCCUACUGAGGAAGUGCAUGAGAAACGCAUUCAAGAAUUGUCUAAAGCUCUUGAAGAAUCUCAAAGGAAUGCAAAUGAAUUGCUGCAAGAAUUGCAAGAAAAACAAAAGCAAAAAGUGAGCAUGCAAGAAGAAUUGGAGGAAUUGAAUGAAUCCUUGAGAUCUGAUAAACAGAACCUAGCAAAAGUUACUUCUGAUCGUGACAGACUUCGAUCAUGGUGUGAUGAAAAGGAUAAGGCACUUCAGGCUGCGCUGCUGGAGAAAAGGAGCAUGGAAGUGAGGUUGGCUAAGUUAGGGAAUCUUAUGAUAGAAAACAAUACCAAAAAAGAUGUGAUAGGAGCCGAUUCCAAGUUGUUACAAAAGCUCCAAGAUGAGUUAAAGCUUCGUAGUGAGCAGUUGCAUGCAGCAGAAGAAAAUAUAAAGAAGCUGGAAAAUGAAAAGUUGUCUUUGGAACAAAGGAUGUCUGAACUUGAAAAGACAAAAGCUGAUGAGAUGGAUUUUCUUGAAAAAAACUUUGAGCAAGAACGUAAAGCCUUAAAGUUUCGAGUGCUUGAACUUGAAAAGAAGCUUGAAGGGAUCACACAAGAGUUAGCUGUUGUUGAGUCAACUCUUGAAAUCAGGAAUUCUGAUUUGGCUUCAUUACAGCAUAAUCUAAAGGAAUUAGAGGAAUUGCGAGAAAUGAAAGAGGACAUUGAUAGAAAGAAUGAGCAAACUGCUGCCAUUUUGAAGAUGCAAGGGGCUCAGCUUGCCGAGUUGGAAGUGCUUUAUAAGGAGGAACAAGUUUUAAGAAAGCGUUAUUUCAAUACCAUUGAAGAUAUGAAGGGCAAGAUUAGAGUUUUCUGCCGAUUAAGACCUCUUAAUGAGAAAGAGAUCGGUGAAAAAGGAAAAUAUGCACUUACAUGGCUUGAUGAGUUUACAGUUGAACAUCCAUGGAAAGACGAUAAACCCAAACAACAUAUAUACGAUCGUGUCUUUGAUGGCAAUGCUACCCAAGAAGAUGUAUUUGAGGAUACAAAGUAUCUGGUGCAAUCUUCUGUAGACGGGUAUAAUGUGUGCAUAUUUGCUUACGGUCAAACUGGUUCCGGAAAGACAUUUACAAUUUAUGGAUCGGAAAACAAUCCUGGACUCACUCCCCGAGCUAUUGCAGAACUAUUUAAAAUUAUAAAGCGCGAUGGCAAAAAAUUCUCAUUUUCAUUGAAGGCAUAUAUGGUGGAGUUAUAUCAAGACACACUAGUGGAUCUUCUUUUACCAAAAUCUGCAAAACGUUUAAGAUUGGAGAUUAAGAAAGAUUCAAAAGGUAUGGUAUCAGUAGAAAAUGUGACGGUUGUAUCAAUUUCAACAUUUGAUGAAUUGAAGAGCAUUAUUCAAAAAGGAUCUGAACAACGACAUACAUCAGGAACUCAGAUGAACGAUGAGAGUUCAAGAUCUCAUCUAAUACUUUCAAUUGUUAUUGAAAGUACCAACCUUCAAACUCAAUCUGUUGCCAGAGGAAAGCUAAGUUUUGUGGAUCUUGCUGGUUCAGAAAGAGUGAAGAAAUCAGGCUCUUCUGGUUAUCAACUUAAGGAAGCUCAAAGCAUUAAUAAAUCACUAUCAGCACUAGGUGAUGUUAUUAGUGCGUUGGCUUCUGGUGGUCAACACAUACCUUAUAGGAAUCACAAGUUAACAAUGUUGAUGAGUGAUUCUCUUGGUGGUAAUGCCAAAACACUCAUGUUCGUAAAUGUAUCACCAGCUGAAUCAAACUUGGAUGAGACAUACAAUUCUCUCAUGUAUGCAUCAAGAGUCCGAUCAAUUGUGAAUGAUCCAAGCAAAAAUGUUUCAUCAAAAGAGGUAGCUCGAUUGAAAAAGUUAGUGGCAUACUGGAAAGAGCAAGCUGGUAGGAAAGGGGAUGACGAGGAUUUUGAAGAAAUUCAAGAAGAACGACCAGUUAGAGAUAGGCCAGAUGGCCGUCAUUCCAUGUAAUGUAUCUGUGGAUACUGUGAAACUUUUCCCAUAAAAGAAAUACUUCAGACAAGUUGCUAGGCAGGGUUAUGAGGCACCUGAGAGAGGGCUUUGCCAAGGUUGAUGAUAUUGAUCAACCUAAGUAAAUUGACUGCCUGUUGUAGUUACUAUGUUGUGGAGUCUUGAUGAUCUUUCUCCAACAUUUUACUAAAGCUAUAGGAGCUGUAAUUAAUUUAGCAGGAUUUAAGUUGUAUAGGUUUGAGUAUUGUGAAUAUCUUAGUUUCUGUAUCUUACAUCUCGUUUGGUAAA